GCAGCUCAACGGAGUAGUGGGCUGUACUUUACUGGAAGACGGGAAGCGCGUUCACGAGAGCAGGAGUGUUUUUACUAAGAAUUUUGAUUCAAAUCUACAAGUUCAAGUUUAUUUUUGCGAGUUAAGAGCGAAAACCUCAGUUUUACUCUCCAUCCCGCAGCGAAAUAACUGAGAUCCAGUCAUGUCACAAAACAAAAACGGCUACACUCGCUUGGAAAACCCACCUCAGUUCAGCGAGGUGAAUCAGCUGCCGCUGCCGGGCUUCAUGAUGCCGCCGCCGCCGCCUUAUGAUGCUGGUGUUCCUCGUGGAGGAUCGAAUGCUGGUGUUCCCGUCGUUGUACCCGUCGUACCCCCGUAUGCUCCACCGACGGCUUUUGGGAAUCCCAUGUACAGACAGGGAGACUCCGGAUAUCCACAGCAUCCAUAUCCUACAGCAGCUCCUUACAUUACAGAUCCUUACAGAGGCGGACCGUACAAAAAGCCGCUUCCAUACGAAGUGGCAAUGGGUAAGCCGGGACACAGCGAUCUUCCUCCAGGCUAUGAGAAGAAGCAGUUCGACAGCUCAGGACUCGAUAAUAAAGUCGUCAGAAGCCUGUUCAUUCGGAAGGUUUUUUCGGUCUUGAGUCUUCAGCUGGCCGUCACCUGCGGCUUCGUGGCCGUCUUCUGUUUCGAGCCUCAUGUCAAGCUGUUCGUGAAGCUGAACGCCUGGACGUACUUGGCCGGCUACGUAGCCUUCCUUGUGCCCUACCUAGUGAUCAUGUGCUGCGGAGAGUUUCGCAGGAGGCAUCCGUGGAACCUCAUUUCUCUGAGUAUCCUGACGCUGGGCAUGUCCUACAUGAUCGGCGUGAUUUCCAGCUUCUACGACACUGAUAUCGUGAUGAUGGCUGUCGGCAUCACGGUGCUCGUCUGCUUCACGGUCAUCGUCUUCUCUCUGCAGACCAAAUUUGACUUCACUUCCUGUUACGGCGUGCUGUUCGUCUGCCUCAUCGUCAUGAUGUUCUUUGGGAUCUCUUGCAUCUUCCUGUACUACAGGAUUCUGGACCUCAUCUACGCGUCGCUGGGCGCGCUGAUCUUCACCUGCUUUUUGGCCGUGGACACGCAGCUGCUUCUCGGUAACAAGAAUCUGUCCGUGAGUCCCGAGGAAUACAUCUUCGCCGCGCUCAACCUGUAUCUGGACAUCGUUCAAAUCUUUUCAUACAUUUUGCGAAUCUUUGGAAAAGGCAGUGGCUAAAAGUCCUUCAGUGAAGAAAGAAACCCAUGCGAUAUGGCUGGGUAAUAAAAUAUCAGUUUCUCAAUUUGAAUCGAUUCACAUUUUUACAAAACGAUAUUGAUUCUCCAGUCCCAAGAAUCGAUUAGUCUAGCCUGUUUUCAGAUGAACUGAACAUUGUAGCGCGCCUCCCAUCCAAUAAAUCGCAAUAAGCUUUGUGAUUUGUUACUUCUGAUAUGAAACAGAGUCUCAAAUUUCAAGUUCUGUCCAUUUUAUUACAGUAUUCAAACAAUAGAUGCUGUUUUGGCACUGUUUUUAAUGUGGAGUGAACUGAUCAUAUCCUCCGCUUUAAUACAAGUUACAGCACAAAAUAAACACGAACGAACAUUCAAAGGUAUGUUAAAAGGAAGAGUACAACUUUCCUGUCUCAUGUAAUCACUCAAGCAGUGUUUAAGCCAUGGAAAGACAUCAGUAUAACAGUCACGUAACGUCACAUUUACCUCAGACAAAACAUACUUGGUGACCAUAAACUCGUUAGUCAGCUAGAAACAUUAACUCUAGAGAGGAGCAUUUUGCUAAAUAUACUGUAUGCACCAUAUAACAUAUUCAUUAUAAUUUUUACUUUUUCUUCAAUGUUUAAUGCAUGUUUGAAUAAAUCUGUCAAGUUAAACAUUUUUAUGACAGCCACUGUUUAAAUGUUUAUAUUUCAAAAAACGAAUUGGAGUAGAAAUAUAAUUAUGUAAUUGGAACUUUAUUAUUAUAAAAACUUCAUUUAAGCGUUUGUAUACAAAUCAGUUCAUUUUAACCUUCAAUAUUAUAGUAAUGUAGUACCAGCUGACUCUAAAAUGUAGAUUUUACAGCAUUAGUUGAGAGUUUUUUUUUUCCUUGAGAAAAUAAAUCAUGUACUGUAGCGGAUAUAUAUCCAAAAUAAUAAAAUCGAAUCUGGAAUUGAAUCGAAUCACUAGCUUGUGAAUCAGAAUCGAAUUGAAUUUUGAAGUUUGUGUCAAAACCCAGCCCUACCAUGCGACCAAUUAAAGAUAAAGUGUGUUGUUUCCUUCUGUAUUAAAAUGCUUUCUUGUUUCCCACAGAGACGACUACGAUUAAACCGUUUGUGCGUCCUCUAAUGUAUAGCGAUGUGAAGCUCUAGUGCUUAUUUUCCUGACCUGUCAAUCAAUGCUAUUAACAUAAUCAAGAGCAAAUACACUGAUUCAUCUUCCACUCUGUUUACAGUAUGUUAUCCUUUAUAUUUUACUUUUAAGAAGGGAAUAAAGACAUUUUAUCAACAAAU